CACCCGCGAGACCUUUAAUCGGUUAAAGCUGAUGCCACUCAGUGGCCCCAGUCUUCUUAUUGGUUCGCAUUGGCUCAGGGGGCUUACCGUGGUGCGCAUAUAUAUGUCGUGUACACAGCAGCAUUUCCGUUCCGAUUCAGCUGCGGCACCGUCCAGUAACUACUGUCUGCACACGUGUAGUUUCACGAAUUUAAAAAACCGUUAAAUCCCAAUAAUGCCUAACCCCAGAGUUUACUUCGACAUCACUAUCGGCGAUACUCCCGCCGGAAGGAUUGAGAUGGAGGUAAGGAGUAGAGCAAAUCGGCUUUUUGCGACUAAAUUAACUUUCUGCUCUACUGAACUUUUUAGGUACCUUUUAAAAUAAUUGUUAAUUUCUCGUUCGGUCUACUCUAACUCGCUGCUAGGUAGUUGAAUGUACCCGGGAUGCUGUCAGACUCGGUUCCACGUGCUCCUCUUUAACGUGUUGACUAACUAAUUACUUGGCUGGCUAACAAGCAAACGUUAGUUUCAUUGAAAGCUCCUCAACUUUGCUCGUAGUUAACAGUACCUCGCUUGAUUUGCGUACAUUUUAAACGAUGUCUGUCAAUAAUUGAAAUUGUGGGUUAUAUUUGCUGUUAGUGUUUACUUUGGGCUUUAACACGAUAUUUGUGUUGCAAUGUUUUCAUACCGGUAAAUAAAUCGAAGUUCUUUCUGAAGCAGAGGUUGAAACACUUGGUAUAAAAUGUAUUUCGCUUUCGCUAUGACUUACUCAAAUGUUACUGCAAUCUUGGAAGACAUGUGAACGUAAAAUGUUUAUUUGCAUUGAUUCGAUUAACAUAACUAGCCAGGCUAUGUACUGUAGCUAACUAGUCACCGCACAUGCCAUUUUAGCCGGUCGCCAUUUUCAGCAUCAUUUUUUCGUCUCUCCAGAUGCCAUUUUGAAAAAGGAGGAUGCAGGUUUGGAAGGGAACAAAACGUACCAAAAAGUACUAACCGCAGGCUGUUUUGAUUACGUACAAUCGCUGGAAUUAAUUUAGUUUGAUAAAUCUGAAAUAUAUUAAUGCUGCCAUAUACCAGCCAUAUUUGCAUUUUAAAUUCAAGUUAAUGCACCAAGGAGCAUGUGGCCCAUGGGCCAUCUGCUAUCCGAUGUGCUGCGGUUAUGCGAUCUGUAUUUAUCGUUAUAACGUAGACUAUAUUUUGCAUAAGGCCAGACCUCUUCAGUCGUCUCACCAUGUGGUAAAAUCUCGCUGUUGUCAUUGUGACUGUUCAAUAAUCGUUUUCCAUUCAAACACAAGGCCCAAGAUAGCCCGGGUGCCCAAUAAACCCCUGCAUAUCCCCAGUGUCCAUUAACUUCACAAUAAGAUCUCAAUUUUACGUUAUUACAAUUUAGUGACAUCAAAUCUCAAGAUUUUGAAUUGAAGUUGUAGGUGGAGUGUUGGCACCAGAACGCACGUCCCAUGCUUGCACAUUUUGUUUCAUCUUCCAGUAGCACGUGGACAUGAAGGCACGCUUGUCCACCCGCAAGGCCUCCGCGAAAUCCAGGAGUAUCAAAUGCUAAUCCUUUUUCAGAUUAAACAUUUCACAGUAUCUUUCAAAUGGCAAAAGGGACUGUAGUGGUUUACUCUUCUAGCGGUGACUUUUGAUGCGAUUUUACAACUUGGGGUCUCCAAACCCUUUGUCAUCUGGUGGGAGGGAGCACGUGUGUCCAUGUAGCUGACGCCAUUGUUUGACGCGGAGGCCAUGCUGGCGCCAGUAGGAGGCCUUUGGUUUGGUGGUGCUUGCCAAACUAAAGGUAGCCAGGCCAGCGAGCAAGCCUGUUAGAUGUUUGUCCAAAUCAGAUUCGGGAUCAAUAGGGCAUGGGACACAACUGACCUUAGAUCAGCCUCUAUGGGGCUUGGGCAACUUGAUCCUAUGGCAUUGGCGAACUCCAGCGGUGGAGUGGGUUGUCCUUAGUUACCACAGCCACAAAGUCAAUGGUCUUUGUGAUACAUUCAUGACAAACAUUUGCUCUUUGGUCUUAAUCUAAGGUUAACAGUGGGGAUAGGUUUUAAAAUCAAGCGUUUAAAAAUAUAUAUGUUAGUAAUGUGUGCUUAGCCAUUGACUUUGUGGCUGUGGUAACUGGUGACUUCGCUUUUCUGCGUAAACUUGUUCCUCUGAGUGGAAAAGUACUAGCUCCAGAUGUGGGUGUGUCUGGGGCUAGAAGGGAGGAGAGCUGCUGUGUAGCCUGCGCCUGGUGUUCAAUGCAGAGGCCCUCCCAUCACUGUAGCUGCCCAGUGGUGGGUAAGGCAAGUUGUGAAGGGGCCUAUAUGUUGCUGUUAUCACUUUCCACAGAUGGCUGACACUUGUCAGGAAUAUAAUUGACUGUAACUGGCCCCUAGACACGGAUCUAAUGUCUUCCCAUCCCUCCUAAUGUAUUCAAAAUGUUUUGUGUAAACUGAUCCAUGAUCAGUGCCUUACGGGAAAGUAUAAUUUAAACUUAUACCAUGAGUGUUUAGCUGAUAGUGUAAUGUGAGCAGGUAGAUUGUAUAAGGCAAUAUGAGAUGGUGCACACUGCUCAUGUGGUGGAAUUCUGACAUCCUUGCCUGUAGCUGUGGUUGCCAGUUGUUGCUAGUCUGUUGCCGGGACUGUCACAAGGUAGGUUGGAAAUGAACAGCUUCUGUAGAGCUGCACCUAUCUCGCACAACCAGUGUGUUAUCAUUCUCACAUGGGAGUUCUGGUGGAUCAGAACGGAUGGAACGGAAUGAGAACACAACACCUUGAACAGACGUUGUCUAGCCCCAGUCUGCCUUGGUUCCUGUAGUCAAUGCUUUAACGGUCUUUCACUUCCAACCCUGCCUUACCCUCACCUUGCUCAUUAGUGACAACUGGUGCUCUUUCUGCAUGCUGUUUCCUCUUCAUUGAUUGUGUAUGCUAAUGAAAAGCCCUCUUUUCUUGCAGCUUUUUGCUGAUGUUGUCCCCAAGACAGCAGGUAAGACUGCUUCAAUAAUUGAAACUUCCUGAAUAAUUCACAUUCUCUGCAAAUGAUGUUUAUCUCACGAUGGUCUUCCAAACCUUGUGGUUGUGACGACACUGCCUAAUGGCAACAACUGAUGCAGUCUAAUCAUACCAACACUCCACUCAGCCCCUUCCAAUGGUGCCUCUGUCAUGUCCCACCAUAUAUACAAUGAACCGCUGAUGCGUGUAAAUGCAAAAGGGCAAGGCUGCUUCCGCAAAGUAAGCAGUAGCAGAGUGUGGCCCGCUGUGAAUGGGUUUACUAGGCAGAGUGGGGCCCCAGCCUAUUGUUAGUCCUCAUGGCCUGGUUGACAGCCUGUGAACUAAGCCCUGCAGACAUGGCCUAUUUGCUGCCUCUGCAACGGACUGGGGUUACGAUGCACAACAUGUGGUUAGGUAGCAAACUUGUUUUAGUGAUGUCAUACAUUGGGGCGUUUUGUUUCAAUCUGAGUGAUUCUAUUUAUUCAGUAAUUGCAAUGCUUUAUCACCCAAAAAGCCUUGGCUUGUACGUCACUGCUCUGUUUCAAAGAUGUAAUGCAAGUGUAUUUGGAAUAACCAACCUUGUCAGUCUUGAUAUUUCAAUGAUCAGUAGCAUUUUCUCUCUUUAAGCAACCUUUAUGCCUUUAAGCAGCUAUGCCCAGUCACUGAUAGUAACAUUGCCUGUUUUUCCCCCCCCCAGAGAACUUCCGUGUCCUGUGCACUGGGGACAAGGGGUUUGGCUACAAGGGCUCCAGCUUCCAUCGCAUCAUCCCCGGUUUCAUGUGCCAGGUGAGUGGGGGGGUCGGGACCUGAACAUAGGUCAGCGUGUGUAUUCUGAGACGAUUUCUGAAUACAGGCACUGAUCUGACUAUAGCUGACUGCUUCAACCAGACUCAAUGCUAGACCCCCACCCACCAUAUGGUUAAUUGACAGAAAUGUAGUGAAUAAUUUACGUGUUCUCUGCAAGUGAUGUUUUUCUCACGAUGGUCUUCCAAACCUUGUGGUUAUGACGACACUGCCAAAUGGCAGAACUGAUGCAGUUGGGAUUCUUCUAGAAAAUAGGACCCUUUCCAGUGGCAUGAUUUUAGAGAAGGGCUAGUUAUACAAAAUAAAUGGUCAUGAUGUCCCUAACUCACUUUAUCUAUCCUGAUUGCCUAGUCACUUACCCCUGCUUACAUGUAGAUAUUAACUCAGUUAACUCAUACCCCUGCACAUUGACUCUGUACCGGUACGCCUUGUACAUAAUCUCAUUAUUUUGUUACGAUUUCCUUAUUUUUAUGCACAAAUAAUCGGGCUUGUAAGGAAGCGUGUUCAGCGCAUGUGACAAAAUUGUAUUUGAUUUCUUUGCCUACCUUCAGGGUGGUGACUUCACCAACCACAAUGGAACCGGGGGCAAGUCCAUCUACGGCAACAAGUUUGCUGAUGAGAACUUCACCCUGAAGCACACAGGCAUGGGCUGUCUGUCCAUGGCCAACGCCGGCCCCAACACCAACGGGUCCCAGUUCUUUAUCUGCACUGCUAACACCGACUGGUGAGGAACGCACACAGUUGAGACUGAUUUAAUUGAAAUUUCAUGUAAAAUUGAUACAUUCUCUGCAAGUGAUUAUCUCACGAUGGUCUUCCAAGCCUUGUGGUUGUGACGAGACUGUCAAAUGGCAACAGAGCUGAUGCCGUCACCACUCCUCAGCCCCGUCACCACUCAGACCCGUCAUUGGUGCCUCUCUGAUACAUGCGUGCGUGCACACCACUCGCGCUGUCAAAACAGGCAGCCCGAUUCUAAUUUUUUUUAUCCCCUCUCUCAGUAACUUUUAAAAAAUCAGAUCAGUUUUGAAAAAGAUGUGAUUGGUCAAAAGACCAAUUGGUUGAAGACAUUUUGGAAUUUGGCUGCUUGUGUAAAACACCCUAAUGCUCUGACAUGACUGAGAUGCUGCAACACUGGCUGAAAGGCAACUUGUAGCACACUGUAAAGUAGUGUCCUUCAGGGCAGCACACCACUGGGCUGCUAUGGUAAUUGUGUAACCAGUGAUUAUGGAUGAAGAGAAAUGGCAGUUUUAAUAUGGUUAUUGGAAUGUUUUGAUCAACGUUGUUUUCAAGUAGAUAUAGUUCACCCACUAGCCCUGCUGUAGUGCCUACUGCUAGGCUAACAUGCCAGGGAGGAGAAUGUCUAUUUUGCACUUUGAAUGGUUAUAACAAUGACAUUUGCCAGACAAAUGUUACUACAAACAUUCUUUCCUGUUUGCCCUAAACCUCAGGAAUACUGAGCACUGGUUGUUGGUCAAGGAAGAACACUGCUGUAACCUCUCUUUUAGCAUUGGUACCCACACUCUGAACUCUCUCUCUCUAGGCUGAACGGCAAGCACGUUGUGUUCGGCAAGGUGGUCGAGGGGCUCAACAUCAUCGCUAGCAUGGAGAAGAAGGGUUCCAGCAGCGGCAAGUGUUCCGCCAAGGUCGUCAUCGCUGACUGCGGAGCACUCUGAGCACCCGUCCCUCACUCUUGCCCUUUCACCCCCUCCUUCCCGCCCUCUCUUCACCCCUUGUUCCCUCCACGCAGCUCUAAGUAUCGACCUCUCCUUACUUCCCUCAUCGCUCCCCUCCCCCAGAAUCAGAAAUAUUCCCCUUCAUUGAGAUUAGUUUUUUUACCAUUCCUCUCCCUUAGGGAACGGUUUGUCCUAUGUCUGAAAUUGUUUCAUUUGUGGCUUGCCUUUAUUUUGCAUUUUGAAUUGUCCCAUGAGGACCACUUUUGUUUAACAAAAUCAGAAUAAAGUGGC